AUGUCUACUGAUUCCGACCAGCCUCCCAAGGAGUAUACGGCUCGAGCAUGGUCUGUCAUUCUCGGUGCCUCUAUGGCUGUUUUCUGCUCCGUCGGAUUUAUCAACUCGUAUGGCGUCUUCCAGGAAUACUAUCUGCAGCACCAACUCGCCAAUGAGUCCGGGUCGACCGUGGCAUGGCUGGGCGGCGUCAGUAUCUUCUUCAUCUUCUUCGGCUCGGCCAUUUCUGGACCAGUGAUGGAUAUCUCAGGGCCUAGAAUCAUGCUAUGCGUUGGAUCAGUAGGGAGCGUGUUCUCGAUCAUGAUGGCGUCGCUGUGCCACAAGUUCUACCAGUUCCUCCUCGCCCAGGCUGUCUCGAUGGGCGUGUUCAUGUCGCUUCUCGUCGCCCCGUCGGUGGCCAUUGUCGGACAGUAUAUCAAAGUCAAACGCGGUGCUGCAAUGGGCAUCGUCAUCGCCGGCUCCUCACUCGGGGGCGUCGUCUGGCCCAUCGUGAUUAGCGAGCUGCUGAAGAAUGAGAGCGUAGGAUUUGGAUGGACCAUGCGUAUCGUCGGCUUCAUCAUGAUCCCUUUGCUCGCUGUUGCGUGUAUCUGCUGCCGGCCUCCUCUUGACCAAGUCCGACCUCAGACAUCCGACAAAGAAUCAGCACCCCAGGCUACGGAUGCAAAGAAGCGCAAACCGGACUUUUCUAUCCUGAAAAAAAGCGAGAUGCGCCUCCUCUGUCUAGCGUUCUUCAUCAUCUACUUCGGCAUGUUCGCGCCGUUCUUCUUCAUCACCUCAUAUGCCUCCGCGAUGGGCUUCUCCAGCGACCUGGCUUUCUACAGUGUAUCAAUCCUCAACGGGGCGUCAAUGUUUGGCCGAAUCCUGCCAGGAAUUGUGGCAGAUAAAUACGGCCGGUUCAACUUCUGCACGCUCUUUACUUUCCUCUCAGGUGUUAUUGCCCUCUGCUGGACGAAAGCCACAUCUGUCGCGGGCUUGGUUGUCUUCGCUGCUGCGUAUGGCUUUACUUCUGGAGCCAUCCUUUCUCUCCAGCAAGUAUGUGCUGUCCAAAUUGCGACGCCGCAAACACUCGGUCUUGCAGUCGGGACGAUAUUCGCCGCGUCUUCAUUCUCGGCAAUGGCGAGCACGCCCAUCAGCGGGGAGCUGUCAGAGAAAUACGGCUACCUCUCGCUGUCUAUUUACUCUGGCGUGAGCUUGAUUGUUGGCAGUGUAUUCCUGCUUAUGGCUCGGCUGGUGCAGAGCAGGAAGGUUCUUGUUGCUGUGUAG